GGAAGAGAAAGAUAGAAAAGAAAGAAGAUGGAAGCAGUGGCAUUGUCCCUGUCCCUUACCACUUCAUCCUUGGGUAUCCCAGCAACGGCAGCAACUGCGAAGCGAGGCAGCAGCACCUGCUUACCCUACGCCCCUUCCAACAACUUUAACGUGCGCCACCUAGCAGCAUUCCACGAACAAUCCCAUCUUUUCACUAAAUCCCCGGCUCGUCCUUUUCUUUACACCAAAUCCCAUGCCCGUCAAUCCACCCAUGGCAUCUUCCUUCCCCACUUGGUCGCUUCUUUGGAACAAGUUGAACAAACUUAUGUUAUGGUCAAACCUGACGGUGUACAACGUGGACUUGUUGGAGAAAUUAUUUCGAGAUUUGAGAGGAAGGGGUUUAAACUGACUGGCUUGAAGCUCUUUCAAUGCCCUAAAGAAUUGGCUGAGGAGCAUUAUAAGGAUCUCAAGGCCAAGGCAUUCUAUCCUUCACUGAUUGACUACAUCACCUCCGGACCAGUUGUGUGUAUGGCAUGGGAGGGUGUUGGUGUUGUGGCAUCUGCACGUAAGCUGAUAGGGUCUACAGAUCCUCUUCAGGCUGAACCUGGCACUAUAAGAGGGGAUCUUGCUGUUCAAACAGGAAGGAAUGUGAUCCAUGGUAGUGACAGCCCUGAGAAUGGCAAGCGUGAAACAGCUCUCUGGUUCAAAGAAGGUGAAUUAUGCGAGUGGACCCCUGUUCAAGCACCAUGGUUAAGGGAGUGAUCUUUCAUCUAUACUUAGUCAUAGUUGAGGCAGGCACUUCUCAAGUCCUUUUCUGAGCUCCUGUAUUUUCUAUGUUAAAAUAUUCAUAUGAGAUAUAAGCAAUUCAUUGAAGAUUGAUGUAAUUGCCAUGUUAGACCUGCAGUUUUGUAAGAGUUAUGGAAGAAAACUUUGUCUUAUCCUUUCCGGUCUCUGUUUCCGACUUCACAUGAUAUGACUCAAAGAAUGGCUGAACUAUCUGGUCUGCAACCCUUUGGCUUAUUCCCGAGCUAGUACCCUUUGAAUUCUGCAAUUGAGGUGACACUGAUCUUUUCUCAAGUUAUCCCUUGGGCUUAUUCCAGAGCUGGUACACUUUGAAUUCUGUGAUUAAGGAGACACUGAUCUUUGCUCUAGCUUUCUUGUAAGUAAGAAGUUAGAAACAGUGAUCUUGCUUAUUAAAAAUAGAAGAAGCGGCAAGCUCUCUUCUUGGGAGUUAAUGGAUA